AUGCAACAAUAUUGGACAGUAAGCGAGGGAAACUCUGUACGCCGAUGGACAUGCAGGGAAUGUCGUAAAGAUAUUCAUAUUGGUGAUCACAUUAUAGUGCGUGAUGGUCGCAAGAUUCGAUUAGCUUACCAUCCAGAGUGUUUCUCUGGUGAUGCAGAUCCACGCACACAAAAGAGUUCGUCCUAUUAUGAUUCCAGAUGGCCUGAUACUUGCUUCAGGGACCAUGCACCGGAAUUCAAAGGUCAUGGCAAGUGGAGUGUCAUUUCUUAUGGAUACCAACCUAUAUCUGCACCCGUGUUGGGAUCGUCAAGUGUAAAAUCACUAAAGCAUUUGAAUCAAUCCGACUUCCAUCAUCGAGCAAGUAUCCCAUCAUCCAGCGCGAUCGGUCCAUUACAGUCUGUCGAACAACGACUGUCCAGUACCUCAAAAACAAAACUGCGUCAUCUAUCAGAGCCAAAUAAUCUUAAUGCUAAAAGUGCACCGAGACCAGAUAUUCAGUGGGGAUUUGCUAGAAAAGAAGUGGACAAUGUGCCAAAAACGUCCAAUCGGCAAUAA